AAAACGAUUUGACAGCUUGUUAGGAGGCUAACCAGCCACCGGAGAGAAAGCUUCCUGCAUACAGUUUUGUUAUUUGGGUUGGCCUUUUUCUUGCCUUUCGGUCGACUUCAGCCCCACCAUGACAUCCAUAGACGAAAGCAGCAAAGAAAAGUUGCGUUCGGUGUCUGUGGACUUAAACAACGAUGCCUCUCUUCUCAUUGACAUUCCUGAUGCACUCUGUGAAAGGGACAAAGUCAAGUUUACAGUCCAUACAAAGACUACACUUAGCUCUUUCCAGAAGCCAGAGUUCUCUGUUCCCAGGCAGCAUGAAGACUUCAUCUGGCUACAUGACACUCUGGUUGAGACAGAGGACUAUGCUGGCCUAAUAAUUCCACCAGCGCCCCCAAAGCCUGACUUUGAGAGCCCCAGAGAGAAGAUGCAUAAACUGGGGGAGGGCGAAGCCACUAUGACUAAGGAGGAAUACACUAAAAUGAAGCAGGAGCUGGAGGCUGAAUACCUGGCUGUGUUCAAGAAAACUGUCCAAGUGCAUGAAGUCUUCCUGCAGAGAUUGUCUUCUCACCCCAUUUUAAGCAAAGACAGAAACUUCCAGAUUUUCUUAGAGUAUGACCAGGAUCUCAGUGUGAGAAGAAAGAACGCCAAGGAAAUGUUUGGAGGAUUCUUUAAGAACAUGGUUAAGUCAGCGGAUGAGGUCCUCAUCUCAGGAAUAAAGGAAGUUGAUGACUUUUUCGAGCAGGAGAAGACGUUCCUGCUCGACUACUACAGCAAGAUUAAAGAUUCCACUGCCAAAGCCGAGAAAAUGACUCGUUCACACAAAAGUAUUGCGGAUGACUAUAUUCACAUCUCUGCCACUCUGAACAGUAUCUCUGCUGAGGAUAGUACAGGAAAUAAGAAGAACCUGGACAAGUUGUCAGAUCUGUUUGAGAAGCUACGAAAAGUGGAGGGAAGAGUAGCAUCUGACCAGGAGCUGAAACUCACAGAGCUGCUAAGAUACUAUAUGAGAGACAUCCAGGCUGCUAAGGACCUUCUGUACAGGCGAGCCCGGGCCUUAGCUGACUAUGAGAACUCUAACAAGGCCUUGGACAAGGCUCGACUGAAGAGCAAGGACAUUCCCCAGGCAGAGGAACAUCAGCAGCACUGCCUGCAGAAAUUUGACAAGCUCUCAGAGUCUGGGAAGAAAGAACUCACCAGCUUCAAGGGCAGACGUGUCGUGGCCUUCAGGAAGAACCUCAUAGAGAUGGCUGAGCUUGAGAUCAAACAUGCCAAGAACAAUGUGACUCUAUUGCAGGGAUGCAUUGAGCUACUCAAGAGCAACUGACGUGUUCGUGAAGUAUUUCUGCUCUACAAUCACCAAGUGACCAGUCAUAGCAAAUGGAAACUUGGUGUCCCUGGGGCCUUGCAUGGACAUGACUCCAAGCCCUCUCUCUGCUCUCACCUGGGUCUGAUGCCACUUUAAACCCCUGCGCAAGACUAAGUAUCUUGUAAGCACAAUGUCUUCAUGUUUACAGAGUCCCCGUCCUCUGGUCUGUGGUCCAUGUUUUUCCAUUAUUUACAGAAGUCUAGCCCAAUGGGAAUGGCUCCAGAGAAAGAGGCUGCCAACAUUACAGUCUUCCAUAUUUUUGCAACACCAAUAGAUGUGAUUUGUCUUGAUUUCUCAAUUUUUUACACUAUGAUUAUAGCACACUUCUUGCCUUUCUGAUUAUAUUUCUGCCUCCAUUCUGACUCUAACCUCUUUCUACAUAAAUGCUUUUACAUAACUUUUCAAAAGGCUCAGAGAAUGUUUUUGUUUUCAUAUUUCAGUAAUCCCAACCAUUUUUUCCCAGAUUUUUGUGCUUAUUCUGUUUGAACUUUUUUGCUUUUUGUAAAGGAACAGUUUCACAGAAGCAAAACGAGUGCCUGGAAAAACAUCCUCGUGCUUUGCAUUCCUGUGCUCUGAGAUUAGUGUACAUCCAAACCAACACUGUAGUAAAACAAAAAAAACACUCAUGACUGACUUAGAAAACGAGAUCUUCAAGUGAUCAAAAAAUAGCUGCAUUUCACCUCAGGAAUGGGACAUUCUUGUUUGUUAGAUAUGGCUUCAGAUUCCACUUUUAUUAAAAAAGCACAUUAGUUUUGUAUAUAUGAAUUAAACAGAAGAUUUGAGCAAGAUAUUGGUGUGGGGGAAUCAUCCAGAGCAUACUAGUAUAGCAAUAUUCACUGCUACACGCUGUUACAUCUGUUAUGCAGCUUUUUCACCUCACACAACUCUGCCCAUUCAUUCUUUCAUUUUCAGUAUGUAAUUAUGGUUGUGUCUUCAUUUUAGCCAUUUAUUAUUUUAUACAUCAGACCUGAUUUAUGUACCAGAUCCUCUAAACAGAUUAUUUCAAACAAAUAUUUAAAAAAAAAAAAAAGAUGCACUAAGAAGAUGAAAAAUACUUUACAAUCACGACCAGGCUCAGUGGAGUGUUAUAAUGCAUUAUAGUUUUUUAAGAAAUUGAAUGUAUUUCUAAUGGAUUCCAACUGCGUGAAAUCCUUUACAUGAUGCUUUUUCUUACAGACCAUUAGCAUUUUAUAAAUUUGUAAUAAUGGCAUUGAAUAAAUCCUACUUUCCCAAGUUU